AUGGUAUCGAAAGAAGAAGACCGCACAAGCGUGAACAUGAUAGAUACACAACGCAUAGCCACACCGCCAAUGCAACCAGUGAUGAUGGUCCCUAAAGGACCGGCUAAUGCUGGACCCAUUGGUCUCAUGGGCUUCGGUAUGACUACUGUAUUGCUGAACUUCUACAAUGCUGGUGUCGCAGAAUCAGGAACCGUUGGACUCAUUGCGUGCUACGGUAUCUUUCACGGUGGACUCGCUCAGCUUCUGGCUGGCAUGUGGGAGAUUUCCGCCGGCAAGGUCUUCACCGGGACCGCUUUCACUACAUACGGUGCAUUCUGGAUGGGACUUGGUCUGUUUGAUGGGCUCAUAGUAACAGGGAAUCUAGCGCCAGGAGACAUUAGUGAAGGCAAGUGUAUCUGGCUGUGCAUCUGGGGUGUCUUCACCUUUUUGAUGUUCCUGGGAACAUUCCGAGCCAAUAGAACUGUACAGUUUGUAUUCCUGUCGCUGUCUUUGUUAUUCUUCCUGCUUGCGGGUGGCGUGUACAGUGAGGGAGUACACAAGACUGCAGGUGCGGUAGGUAUUGCCUGUGGUGCCUCAGCCAUGUACCUUGGCUGGGCUGAGAUCAUGAAUGAGGUGUACCAGCGCGAAAUGAUCCCCAUUUUCAAAAUUAAAUGGGAGUGA